AUGAGUGCUCUGAGGGCAACAAUAUUACUAUCAGCUAUCAAUGAGGUGGAACGGACGGGAACACCUACACGAGCCAGCAAUCUGCGCACAGGCAGCGUCCCAACUUCUGAUAUAAAAUACGAUAACAUAAAUAAACACACCAGCAAACAAAAAGAAAAGAAAAUAAGCUUACUGAAGGCAGCGAGCCGCCUGGCCGAGGUGGUCGAAGUGGGGACCUUCUUACUCCUCAUUUCCGCAAGCCAACCGGCCGCAAAGGUUUCGUACCAACCGCCAACUCCCAUAAGCGAGCUGUGCACUUUCAUCGGAAGACACGAGCACACAGAACACACCGCUAAGACCUACGCGCUACUCACAGCGGCAACCCCACACGUUGGCCAGGCUCCACAGGCGAUACGAGUAACUGUCGCCGUAACACCCGAACAUGUCAUCGGUUCUCGCGACCAUGGCCCGCACGGCACGUCUCGCCGAACUGACGGCGCGCGGCGGAAUGCCCGCCGGUCCGCCCUCGGCCCGCCCUGCAAAGCCGCCCCCGCCCCACCCGCCUCACCCCACCGCAAUCUACCUUACCAACUGGCCACGGUACCACGCUGGUCUUCAUCUCGAAACACCAUUAACCUUAAGGCAUCAUAA